UCGCCAUAUUGAAGUGUGUUGAAGAUAACUUGGCGCUAUUCUAUUCGCACGUCGCAUAAUUCGCGAGUUAUGCUAUUUUUGUUGUGUAAUUGUGUGUUAUUGCGUUAAAUUGUGUAAAAUUGACUAAUUUAAGUGAAAUAGAUAAGAACUGUUUAAAACAUGGAUCCCGCUAAAAUGAAAGUGGUCGAUCUACGAUCGGAGCUUGGUGCCCUCGGAUUAGACACUAAGGGCAACAAGCCGGCAUUAGUGGAAAGGUUAAAAAAGGCGCUCGAAGCUAAAUCAGGAAAAAACCUUCCCGACACAUCAAUUUUAGAUACUUCAACAGAGGAUGCCGACGAGCCUCCCACUCCUCGCAAACCAGCUCCCAGAACUACUAGAAGAACGUCAUCAUCAAGACUGGCUGCUACUCCUAUAAAAGUAGCGCGAGAAGAACCACCAGAACCAAUACAAGAAAAGGACGAAGAAGUGAAAGAACCACCUGUCAAAAAGCCAAAAGUUGAAGAGGAGCCUCCGAAACCAGUUGAAAAGGCGAAGGAACCAGAAGAGAGUCCAAAACCUGACGAGGCAAUGGAAGACAGUCAAGAUGAUAAGAGUCAAUCGUCGGUAAAAGAAGAAGAAAAUGUUCAAGAACCAGAACAACCAAUGGAGGUUGACCAGAAGCCAGAGGAUAAUGUUGAAAAGGAAAAGGAACAAGAGCAGGAAAUAGAAAAGGAGAAAGAACAGGAAAAGGUACAGGAACAGGAACAAGAGAAGGAACAGGAAAAGGAAAAAGAUGAUGUAAAGGAUAAAGAUGAAGAGAAGCCGGAAAAGAUAGAACAAGAUGAUGACAGCGAAAAGGAUAAAGAGAAUCGUGAUGAAGAGGAUAGGGAUGAGAGAGAACAAGAGUUAACAGAAGAAGACGAGUGGGAUAUACUUAAUGAAAAGCUCCUCGUCAAAGAGCAAGAGAGGAUCGAACGGGAGAAACGACAGGCUGAGGAGGACGCCAAGUUGUACGAGGAAUUGAGCAAAAAUCCGAUAAAGCUGCAGCGUUUAAAACGCAAGCAAGAAAAGAAAGCGAGAUGGAGUAACUACUAUAGAACUAUUGAGGCGACGAAUGAGAUACUGACACCACCUCCGGAGCCUGAAGCCAUGCUACAAAGGAAGGAAAGUGUGGAUCAAAAGUCGACUGAGCCAGAGUUGAAUGACAACCGAGUGACGCUAUCAUGGUACGACAGUGACCUCAACCAAUAUCUCGAAUUACCCGAACUAAACAGUGUAAUAGCGCUAAGCGAAGGUGCGUUCUCACACGCGUGGGCGGGCUCCAGAGCAACGCACGGGGUGCAAGACCAGCGGGUUUGCUUUGAGGUACGAGUCGGUACAGUCGUAACAACGAAUGAAUCAACUGAAAAAGAAACAGUACUGAACGGUCUUAGAAUUGGAUGGUCGACCGAAGAUUCCAGCUUACAUCUUGGCGAGGGUGAAUUGAGUUUCGGUUACGAAAGUACCGGCCGCGCCGUGCACAACGGGGAGUUCAAAGAGUACGGCAAGGAGUUCCAAGAGAAGGACGUUAUUGGAGCUUAUUUGGAUCUCCAAUCGAGUCCAUGCAAAAUAUUCUACACACUCAACGGUGUGGAAUUAGGUACUGCGUUUGAAUUUGAUAAAGCGCAAUUGGGAGAUCGUGCACUAUUCCCGCAUGUCUUGACGAAGAAUAUGUGCUAUAAAGUCAAUAUGGGGUAUGAGAGGUACAAUCUGCUAACGCGUACGAAAAUCGUGCGCAAACGCAUCGAAGUGCCGAUCGAGCAAAUCUUAGAAGAGAAGCGGAAACGUGAAGAAGAAAUCAAGAAGAGAAAAGAAGAGAUGGCCAAAAAGAGACAGGAGAGACAGAAGAAGAGACGAGAGGAUAGAGAGAAAGCGGAGCAAGAACGAAAAGAGAAAGAAGCAGAAGAAGACAAAAAGAAUGACAGCAUGGAAACGGACAACGAUAAGGUUGAGUCGGUGGACAAGAGCGAAGAUGGCAAGGAUGAGGAUAACAAGGAUGAAGAUAAUGGGAAGGAGGAUGGCUUGGAAAAUGGUGUAAAAACUGAAGACAAUGCUGAGGAAGCGGUGGAAGUGAAGACCGAACCAGCGGAAGCAGAUGACAGUAAAGCUGACAGCGAGAAUAAGGAAGAAACCGGUGAGGUGCCGGAGGUGACUGAAGACCAAGUGAUGCUCGGGGCCAAACUCGACAAGAGGGUCAAGUUUGUUAUCAGACACACAGUAGAAGAAGAGCUAGACGGCCCGGAGGCCUGUCUCGUGCCCGGUUAUGUGUUCAUAUCACAGGCCGAUCUAGUUGAAGGCCCUCGGAGACCUAACUCUAAUGCUGAAUGCGAGGUGAUCCUCAUGGUGGGUAUGCCCGGCGCGGGCAAAACGUACUGGGCGCGCAAGCACUGCGAGGAGAAUCCAGAUAAGCGGUACAAUAUACUGUCUACCGGGGCACUUUUUGAUAAAAUGAAGGUGGAUUGCAAACCGUUCCGUGCGACGUACGAAGGGCGGUGGGACGCGAUGGUGUCGAAGUGCGCUAAGUGCGUGCUUAAGAUAUUGGAAACUGCCAAGGGCAGACGUAGAAACUUUAUUUUGGAUCAGACAAAUGUCUACCCAUCAGCGCAACGCCGCAAGUUACGCGAGUUCGAAGGCUUCAAGCGCAUCGCCGUAGUGAUAGUGCCGCCCGCUGAAGAGCUCGCCAAGCGACAGGCGUCCCGGGAAACUGCCGAUGGCAAGGAAGUGCCCGACCCGGCUGUGGUUGAUAUGAAAGCUAACUUCAGCCUACCGGAAAAGGGCAGUUGGGUCGACGAAGUGAUAUACCCUGAACUCGGCGAAGAAGAAGCGAAAGCGAUCAUAGAAGAGUACCACAAGGAAGCACGUGCCGCGGGAGUUGUGAGAGAGAAGGAGAAGAGAGAGAGAUCGGCAGCAAGAGAUGCGCCUCCCGUGAAGAGACCGAGAUCGGCGGAGAGACGGAGACCGAGGGAUGAUAGGAGGAGAGAGCACGGCAGGGAGAGAGACCGUUGGAGCAGCGGCGGCAGUCGCUGGGGCCCCGGGGGCAUGUCGGGCGGGGGCGGGGCCCCGCGCGGGGGCCGCUGGGGCCCCGCCCCGCCGCGGGACAGGCCUGCGCCCCAGCCCGGACGGUUCGACCGGUGGCCGCAGGGGAACAGGAACGACUUCGGCCGCGACCGUGAUUUCCGUGGCCGCGGGCCCGGUGGCCCCGGAGGCCCUGGUGGUCCGAUGGGACCAGGCAUGGGCCCCAUGGGCCCCGGUCCGAGACAGGACAGAGGCCCGCGGGGGCCCAUGGACAAUAGAUUCGGACCCAACCGAGACAGGCCACAGAACAGGCCCAACCAGCCGGAUAAACGGCCGCCAGGUGCCCCGGGAGCGAUGGGUGCAGUGGGAGCCGGUGCAGCUGCGGCCGGCUCCUGGCAACGCGGCUCUGCAGCUACCAGACCCAACACCAAGGACGGUAAUAACCAAGUGGCGAAUCCGAGCCAGAACCAGGGUGCAAGUCAGAACCAGAACCAGAACCAACAGGGCUGGAACCAGUGGGCCGGCGGCUGGGGGGGCUGGGGCAAUUGGGGCAACCAGAACCAAGGCUGGGGCAACUGGAACAAUUGGAACAACUGGAACAACCAGGGGCAGGGCGGCAACAGCGGCGGGCAGCAGGGGCAGGCGGGCAAGGGGCAGGCGGGGCAACAGGGGCAGGGCGGCGGGCAACAGUGGCCCAACAACUACACGGCGCAACAGUGGUACCAGUGGCAACAGUGGCAACAACAGCAACAGGGCUGGCAGGGGUACGGUUCUGGUGCGGGCGGGCAGCAAGGCACGACGCCCGCGGAUCAAGCGCAAGCAUGGGCGCAAUAUUAUCAGAACUACGGCGCGGGUAACGCAGCGGGAAAUGCGGGUUCAGGAGCCGUUGAAAAGAAGUAAACCCGUUCCCGAGAUCUGCCCGAACAUACCAAACGACAGACAGACACACAUUGUAUAUCUAAUAUAUUGUUAUUACUAAUUGCGGUAUGAAUUGUAUGACAUAUUGUAAGAUUCUGAAUAAAGAAAUACAAUGAGAUUUCAUAUAAUUAUAUAUUUAAGUUCGUAGUUCAUAUAUUGUAUUUAAAAAUGUUUUCGCACCUAUAUAUUCAAAUAUAAACUGUUACAGCAAUAAUAUCUAUAAAAUAAUACGUUUGUCUGUCUGUACUUUAAAUUUAGACGGUUUGAAAGCACCCGUGUUGCAUUCACGAAUAAAAAGAAUCACUUGUAUUUUUGUAUAAAUUUCUUAUACACGUACCUCGAUGGAGGUAAAAUCGCAUGUUUUUAAACUUUUUGUAAAUAUAUUUUGCUUGAAGUUGGCGGUUUAUCUUCGCUCAGUAAUAAUAAUUAGGAUAAUAAUGAUUUGGAUUUGAUUUACGACGCAUAAGUACUUGACUUAUCACUAAAUAUACCUAUAUCUUGUUUUUCAUAAACUUGUGUUAUUUUAACAGAAUUAAAGUUUUAAGAUAAAAAAAAAAUAAGAUGUGUUGAGCGAAGACGGUAGAUAAUCAUUAAUUUAAGUUAGUUAUUAAACGCACUAUUACCGGAAUUAAGGUUUUAUUUUAAUUUUAAGAUUUGUUUCAAUCUGAUUGAGGAAUGCUUGAGAUGUGUGUACAAAGGUAGCAAUAAGUUCGACGUCAUUACUGAUGCAAUUUUAAUAAACUUAUGAAUAAGAA